UAAAUUUAAAUAUUAGGUUUGAGGCAAGAUGGAAAGACUCUGCUAAUUACGAAUAUUGACAUGGAGCCAUGCACAGUAGACCCCCAGCUAAGGAUUAUUCUUCAGUGGCUUGUUGCCUCUGAGGCUGAAGUUGCAGAACUUUAUUUUCAUGACCCUGCAAAGAAGGAGUUUAUACUACUUUCAAAACAAUUACAAGAAAAAGGAUGGAAAGUGGGAGACCUCCUGCAAGCUGUGCUUCAGUACUACGAAGUGAAGGAAAAAAUUGCCAGUGAGGAGAGAUGCAAGUCCCUGUUUGAUUGGCUCUUGGAAAAUGCAUAGAACAAACCCCAAGCCAGUGUAUUAUAGUAUUUGUUUUGGGAGGGGAAGAAACAGAUAAAGAUGCUUAGGAUAAAAUUCGAAUAGUGAUUAUUAACAUUUUAAGUGAAUUGGGAGGAAACUAAAUAGAGCUUUUUAAGUGCUUUAUGUCAUCACACAGUGUAUAUAGUUCAUACUUUUGUAAUCUGUAAAAAUAUUAUCUUCAUGUAUUCUUCUGUACACACGUGUGUAGUACGAUAAGACCCUAAGAACAUGUAUUUGAAGAAAAGUCUAACCAUGAGGUUUUCAGGGGCAUUGUCUGACAGCGUUCUUUUUGCAUCCAAAUUGUGCUGCUAGCUGCUGCACUGAAGAGGCUGAGGAUAGUUCCAGUGAUGCAGUUGUAAUUUUGCUCCUUUGCAAACAAAUGGCAUCUCAUUAAUAACUAGUCUGAGAUCAAAAAAAUAAAAUUGAGGCUAAUUUUUUUGUUUGUUUCUGGUA